GCCGUGAGAGCUUCACUGAUCCCCACGCUUACAAUCCAACAUAUUGCAUAUUAAAAGUUAGAUGGUCGCAUGUUUUUAUCUGGAAAACCAUACUCUAUUGAUGCCCAGAAUUUAAAUUUCUUCACUAUAAAAACCGAAAUCGACUAGAUAUCAUCGCCUUCCCAAUUUCACCAAACAUCAUGUUGCGCCAAUCAGAUAUCGCUGAAAAACCCCGACAGAACUGGGUGUCUGCGUGGUAUGCCGCACCACAAGAGAUGCCGUCAGCAUCACUAGAAGGUCGCACCUUACGUCAAAUCGCUUUUCUACAUGCAGAGGGUGAACAAAUUCGUGUGCAUUUGUCCAAUCGAUACGGGCAUGGAAGUGUCACCUUGUCAUCCAUGUCUGUGGGCAUCGUCAUCCAGGGACCCAUCGUACGUGAAUCCCGCCCGCUGCGAUUUGCCGGAAAAGCAACCCUCACUUUAUCUCCCGGUCAAGAGGUAGAAUUCACAAAUCUCGCCGUCACCUUUGUAACGCAAGGCGAUUGCACCACAGGCCAUCUCACGGCGCAACAAACCUCAUAUGUCUCUGGAAGGAGUGAUGUAUCUUGCUGCCCUUCGGAAUUCUCUUGGCUAGCUUAUCCAGUUCAAACUAGCUCCUACUGGUUGCUGUCCGGUGUUGAUGUUCUGCCACGAGAGCCCAUAAAGGCGAUCGUUGCAUUCGGCUCUUCCACGACCGACGGUGCGUGUUCGACUUUAAAUGCAAAUAGGCUCUGGACAGAUUAUUUGGCGCUACGGUUGAGUGUCGCCGGAGAAACUUGUUUUAUGUCGGUCAUCAAUGCUAGUAUUUCAGGAAAUACCCUUACAGCCAUAGAGCGCCCUCAGGAUGAAUAUUUCGCCAUACCACAAUUUCUGUUUGGAGAACCCGGCCAGGUGCGUCUUGCCUGGGAUGCGUGCACGCACACCGGAGCUACCGAUCUGAUCGUGAAUAUUGGAUCAAAUGAUUUGCGGCUUGGGGUUACAGCGGAUGUGCUGAUAGAGGCCUACAAGCAACUCGUGCAGCUGUCACGGAAGAGUUUACGGCGAAUUUUUGGUACGACAAUUUUGCCAGGGGGUUAUACACCUGAACAAGCUGAGCAACGUCGAUUGGUGAAUCAGUGGUUGUUGGAUGAAGGACUACAAUGGUUGGAUGCAGUCUUUGAUCUUGCAACGCCGCUCCGCUCUCUCGAAAAUGAAGAUAUACUCCAUGCCGAAUUCGACUCGGGAGACGGGGUUCAUCCUAAUGAUGAGGGCUAUCGCCUGAUGGCCGAAGCUAUUGACAUUUCCAAGCUAUCUGGCAGCGAGAAAACGCAGGAUUGACGCACGCAAGAUAUAUUUGACUGAAAUGAUGGUGGCUGGCUAUUAAAACAUUUUCUUGGGCUUUAUGUAAUUUAAAAGCAAAUUGGGU